CGAACACCAGCAAUGCUCCUCUGGAGUAUAUAAUAGUGCUAUUUGUGUUUCUGUCAUAUUUUCUGAAACCUCAGCCUCGAUCUUUUGUGACCCGGCUUUAUACGUCAAUUGAUUUUCAGCUUUUCUUCACUUUUCCGGCCAAACCUGUCCUUGCGGUUUCCAUCGUCCCAUUGACUAACCAUGGCCCCUGGUCAAGGUCCUGGGCGGAAGUUUCAGCUCUUCCAGGAUCUCAUCUUAAUUGCUGCUGCGCAGGUCUCAACAUACUAUGUUGUUAGAUAUAUCCUUUCGCGCCUUGACCCAGAGUCCGAUCAGAAGGAGGAAGCAAAGCGAAAAGCAGCAGCAUCAACCGCCGCCUUGCGGAGACUGGAUGGUCCGUCAAAGGAGAAAUCCCGGUCCAACGAGGAGGAGGCGCGACGGCCCCGCAAAGAAGACCUAGUGCUCAAUCAGUAUGAGCAAACGAUUGCGAUGGACUUGGUGGCACCAGACGACAUCGCAGUAACAUUUGAGGAUAUUGGCGGUCUCGACGACAUCAUUGAGGAACUCAAAGAAUCCGUCAUUUACCCCCUCACCCUCCCGCAUCUAUAUUCGCACACUUCUUCGCUACUUUCGGCGCCUUCUGGCGUGCUGCUGUACGGGCCCCCAGGAUGUGGAAAGACCAUGUUGGCAAAGGCCCUUGCCCGCGAAAGCGGUGCUUGCUUCAUCAACUUACAUAUUUCCACCUUGACGGAGAAGUGGUACGGAGAUUCAAACAAGUUGGUUAAUGCAGUUUUCUCGCUGGCGAGAAAGCUUCAACCAGCCAUUGUUUUCAUUGACGAGAUUGAUGCUGUGCUGGGAACGCGCAGAAGCGGCGAACAUGAGGCCAGCGGCAUGGUUAAAGCAGAGUUUAUGACACACUGGGAUGGGUUAACAUCCGCCAGUGCAUCCGGACAUCCUGCCCGCAUCCUGAUCCUCGGCGCCACCAAUCGCAUCCAGGAUAUUGACGAGGCCAUUCUUCGCCGUAUGCCGAAAAAGUUCCCUGUUUCCCUUCCAUCUGCACACCAACGCCGCCGUAUCUUCCAACUUGUGCUUGAGGACACCAAGGUGGACAAGGAUCGAUUUGAUUUGGACCUUUUGGUCCGCGCGACUGCCGGCAUGUCGGGAAGCGACAUCAAGGAAGCGUGCAGAGAUGCUGCGAUGGGGCCAGUGCGAGAGCUGAUCCGCUCAAAGUCUUCGCGUGGCGAGUCGAUGGACCGGGUCAAUCCGGGCGAGGUUCGGGGUAUUGUUACAGAGGACUUCUUCAACCGUAAAGGGGGCCUGCACAUGAUUCAGGAAAAUUUAACGGAUAUGGGCCAGCGCGCGCGGAUGGCUGAAUUUGCUGAAUCAGAGUCCCUGACAGAGGAAACCGAUUAAUUGAUUUAAUCCUGUAUUUGCGGCUGAAUGCUGGUUAUUUAUGGGGAUAGGACGAUCUGCUGCUCCUUUUUUUGAAUAUAGUCAUGGUUCUAGGCGUCUUGCGGGCACUAUAGUCAAGGUAGAUUAGAGAAUGCAUUUACGACUUGAGAC